AUGCCACCAAACCUGCUUCAGAGAACAUCCAACCGAUUGCCAGCUCGCUUCCGGGAAUCCAGCAACGAUGUCUUCCUGCUGAUCAAGGCGUACGUGAGUGACAAUGAAGUAUGCCAAGAGCCCCUGGUCAUUUGGCCUGGUGAUAAAGCCCAGUGCUGCAGCGAUGCUUUGGCCCGAUUGGCAACAGACCAAGUUCCUGGUUACCGGGUUGCAAUGAGGGCUGCUAUGUUGCAUACUGUUUUUGCCAGAGUAAUUGGGGAGUUCCUUUUUGUCGAUCUUUUUGGAAUUGAAGCUGGUUGCCACCCAGGAGUUGCUACAUACUUGGACGAUGACCGCAAAGAAGUGCUGAUGGAUAUUGCCACCUAUUUGCAGCGAAACUACUCCAAUCUUGGUAGAGGCAUUGCUUAUUUGGAACGGCUUGCAGGUCGCACAGCCUUUGUAAGGGAAAGGCCACCGACUUUGCAAGGUCUUUUGAUGCUUGACAUGGGGGAGAUAUUUGCCCAUCCGUCAGUUGCCAAGCACAUUGAAAUGCAAACUGUCAUUCGGUGUGCCCCUGCUACAACCAAAAAGGGAUUCUUCCUUGCCCCUUGGCACUUCGACUUUUCGGAGCACGCCAAAUUUGGUGAAGUGGGCCGCUAUCCAAGCAACUAUCAAUUUAAGUCUCAUCUCCCGUCAUUCCUGGACAAUGGCCUUGAGACACAUCGUGAAUCAAUCGAAGUCAAGUUUCCAGGACGCCCAUGUGAUGAUGCAGACACUUGCAAGAUACUACCUUUCUCAGCUGUACCUGAGGAGUUGGAGGAAGAUGAACAUGCUUGCAAAGUGCUGGCAUGCAUGAGAUUUCUUCGCUGCAACUUCAAGAAGCAUGAGGCAGAAGAGCAUUUUCUGUAUGAGUCUCUCUGUGGGGUACUCAGUCUGGCAAACAGAACUGCAGAAAAGUCGAAACCGAGUGCUCUUGACCUCACGCUACUCUUCAAGGAGAGUGUCAGAUUGAAGCAAACACAUGGGACAGCGAAGUCCCACUCAAUCCGGGAUACUUUGUACCUGUGCAUCCAAGAAUACAACAAGCAGGCAUGGAGAAUUUCAGAUCCUCUUCGCCGCCUCAUUUACAACCUUCUGAGAUGCCCACGAGAGCUUUGGGAAAUGUUGAAGGACAUGUACAACAACAGCAAGCCGGAGCAUGCAGCUAUGACUUUGGAGAAUCUCGAUGGAGACUUUUACGUCCCGGGGACAGUCUUGGACACCAGCGACACUAUUUGGAAGGAAAUUCAGGCAAAGGGUUCAGGAUUUGGUGGGGGAAUCCGCCGGGCAGACAGCGAACGCAUCAUUGGCUGGCUAAACUAUGCUGCUGCCGGUGUAGUUUCAGCCACCAAACUUUUGUUCACCGUGGAGCAGGUGACAGCAAUGGCACAUUCCCACCCGAAGACCUUCGCAGCCAUAGUCCUGUAUCCAAACAGGGCUGGUGACCUUCGAACAAGCCCAAAGAACCUUUGCUGA